CACAUCCCUGAUUUGAUAAGCUGGCCUCCAGGAUUCCGAUGAGGACCUCAACAAGGAGGCGGCCGACGAACCCGUGGGUUUGGGUUUGGGUUUGACAAAACCCGCCCCAACCCGACCCAUUGCCAUCCCUAGGUAGCGUACCACUAGAGACUAACACAAAAAACCAUAUAUGAAAUAUGAGAAAUUACAGAUCUGGAAAAAAAAUAAGGGGAUGAGAAAAGGAAAGGCAUGGGAGAGGCGGUGACCUCGCGGUGGCGCCGUGAAGACGAGAGGUGGUGGGAGGCGGAGGAAGAGGGAGGCAGAGGCAACAACGGCUGUGGUGGUGAUGGUGUAAAGACGGCGGCGGGCGCGGCAGGGGCGAAGAGGGCAGUGUGGCGCGACAGGGGCAAUGGGGGUAGCGUGGUCCUGCAGGGGGCGACGAUGACAGUGUCGGUGUGAGGAGGACAACAGGAGGAAGGUGGCGACGACAACAGUAUUGGAGGUCGGCGUAGUGAUUCAGGUCGACGAUGAUGGAGGUCGGUGAUGAAGCUCUUUGGCGGCUAGGGUUUUUUGUGAGAUAGAUGAGAGAGGAAGAGGAGGGAAACAAAGGGAAUGGAGAGAAGGGAGUCUUAUUAUUAUUAUUUUUUUUUUUGUCAAUGAAGAGUAUUUAUAUGGAAAAUGGAAAAGAUCCCAUGUGGUAAGUUUUCCAUUCCGAAAUUGCCCUUAAAUUAAUUUGUACCAUUAAUUUAAAAAAAGGAAGACAGAGAAGAGAAUGAAGACUAGGAUAUGAAAUAGGGAUGACAAUUACCCACCUAUGAGUAAUUAUACCCAAAUCCAAGUAGAUCCAUUCACAAUGGGUUGGGUAUGGGUGAAGUGCAUAUGGGUUUGGGGGUUUGUAAAUGGGUUUGGGUAAGGUAUGAGUAUUGCUUCCAUAAUCUAAAUGGGUAUGGGUUGGAUAUGGAUAUCCAUUUAUUUGAGGUUGUUUUAACUACACAUGCAAAAAUUGGACCUAUAUGUAAAACUUGAAAAGUUUAGGUACCAAAAUGUAAGACCAAAAAUAUUUAGGUACCAAAAUGUAAUUUUUCAUUGAUAUUUUGAGGACUAAUAUGCACAAAAUUAAAUUUAGGUACUAAAUAUGCAUAUCUAUUAAGUUUAGGUACCAAAUUGUAAUUUACAUUUGGGCAUGGGUGCAAACCCAAAUCCAUUUGUUAUAAAUCCAACUCAACCCAAGUAAAUGGGCAUGGGUGCAAACCCAUCAAAAUCUACCCAUAUCUAUCUAUUUGGAUUUUAUACCUAACCUAAUCAUGACAAUCCCAUUUUCCCAACCGCUUUGCACAACGUCCUUUUAAGGGCUGUGAAAAUAGCAAUUCACAUUAGGGAUGGCAAUUUUGCUCUAGCAAAAUUGCCAUCCCUAAUGUGAAUUGCUAUUUUCACAGCCCUUAAAAUGGGAUUGUCAUGUAAUCAUGCAGCAUCCAAAGUCCAAAUGGCCCGUUAAAUGCCGACCCUUUUCUUUUAUAUAUGAAUGAAUAGGUUAAUCUCUAAUGGCAAGGAUGAUUCCCAACCUCUAGUUUCUUUAUCUUCUCUUUUUUUUUUUUUGUAAUUGUAUUACAACUCAGAAGUCAACAUCUGCAACAUCUGCUGACUGGGAAUGGUUGAUUUGCAUAUCAGAAUAUGUCAUAUAUUAUUGUAUUGUGCAUGCCUUCCAUAAAUCACCCAUCCACAGUGUAUUUAUCUGUCAUAAAAUAGCACUAGCAGUGGCGGUGAAACUGGUUUGUAUAAUGGCGUUGGAUAUGGAGUUGGAUCAAAGAAGUGAUUCUACGUAGAAGUGAAAAGAUGAAUUGAAGCAUAAAGUUUAAGAACAUAAUUAUUUAUACAUCGGCUAAAAUGAUUAAUAUUUUUCUAGGGAUUGUGAUGGAUCGGGUUGGGUCGGGUUUCUUAAACCCGCAAAAAAUUCAACGAGUGUGCGGUGCGCCUGUUAAAAAACCCGAUAGAAUACUCAUUAAACUUUGGAAGAGAAAACUCAGACCCUACACAAUGAGUAUCAGUGGGUUCUCAAACACAAUUGCUUAUUGUCCUACAACUAUACUAGCUAGUUGUAUCAUACUUGAACUAAAUUAAUAAUGUCAUUGUUUUAGUUUGAUUAUUCAUCACUUUGAUUUUCUUACAGCUUAGUUAAAUUUUUGCUUUGAAAAAUGCAUUUCAUAUUUGUUGUCUGACAUGUGAAAAUACAGAACAUGAUAGCUGUGUCUGUUUCCCCAGCAAUAACCUCCUUGGGGUCGUUUGGUUAAGGGUUUUUUAUCAGGGAUUUUAACACAUUCCAUCAUCAUCCCGGAUUUAGACUAAUUAACUCGUUUGGAAAGUGAUAAAAAAAACUAGUGAUUUUA